AUGUAUAAAUCAGUAAUAUAUGUAGCAUUUGCUUUGUGUUUUAUGUUAUCUGUGAGCUAUGCUUACGAUUGUUGUGUACCACCUCAAUGGCAAGGUCAAGCCGCUGGUGUUAUUGGAGACGGCCAUGUCCAAUACAAAAACGUCUAUUACGACUCGAUCGGUAAACGUGUCAGAAUCGAUAUUAUCUCAGAGAGCUUCAACCAGACAUCGUACACCUUCUUCCAAGGUAACGGUACCGGUAAAGAGUGGGUCGUAGACUCUGUACAAGGAUGUUACAUCACCGGACCAGACUACUGGAACGACCAAUGCUUUGGAGAGAGCUACGGAUUGCCAUACAUCGGAAAGCAAGGUAACCUCCAACACUUUGGCAACAGCCAAAACGGAAUCUCUGUCUCCACCGAUGAGAAUUGUCUUCCAGUUUUAUUCAACUAUGUCUACUCCUACAUGCAGUUCACCUACUACAACACUUUGAACUACAUUGUCAGCGACUCAGUCUUUGAUAUCCCAAGCGAUUGUCCAAGCUGGCCAUCAAACAACUAA